UAGAAACACAAGUGGCAUCACCAGAAAAAUCAUAAUUUAAAAAUACAAAUUAAACAAUUAAAAAACUGCAACAACUAAAAAACUACAAAAAGCCAAUUACUCAGCAAAAUAAAAAACCGUACAACAAUCCACAUAUCAUCAAAAAUAUAAAUGAUAAAAAAACAAAUAAACAGGAAAUAAGUAACCAAAAAAAAAAAAAAAACACUUGCUCCAUAGCAGUUACAAAUAAACAGGAAAUAAGUGAAAUAACUGCUAGCAGAGUGCAGAUUCGGCCUUUCCAACCGCAAUUGAAGGCUUAUUCUUAAAUUCCAAACUGUGAAUCCUAGUAAACUCUGCGCAAUUGAAGAUUUCUUCUUCGCUUCCUUUUUCCAUUUGAUAGUUCCAUCUAAUUGCUUUUUACGGUUCCUGUUAUUUCGAUUAUGUUUGCAUAUCUGGUUUGUUGGAUUUUGGGCAUAAUGGGGACUUGCUCUAUGAAGUUUUGCAUUUGGGGCUUUUUUUUUAAUUUGACAGUUCAUUAUUUUUUGGGGUUAGAAGUUGAUGUUGUUGGUCUUAACAAUCGCUCUCUACGAUCAAGUUUCGGUUCUCCCUUUCAACAAUUUUUUGUAGCAGAGAUGUGUAGGACUACAGAACGAGGGCAUACAGAGGUCACCCUCAAACUUCCGAUGGUUCAUUUAGACUUGAGAAAGGAUCGCCGUGUACUUCAGUUCGUUGAUGACUCUGCUUACGAGGUCGACGAUGACGACUUCGACUUCAGCGAUGACUCUAACUUCUUCGAAAAAGAAAUGAUCGCAGGUGUACUUCAAUUCGUCGAUGACGCUGCUUACAAGGUCUACGAUGACGACUUCGACUUCAGCGAUGACUCUGACUUCUUCUAUGAAAGUAUGCAUUACAGCAGUCACUCAGUUCCUUUAUUUGUUUCACAUUUGGAAUGUCUAGCAGCAUGACUGAGAAAUUAGGUUGGAAAACCUGAAACCAAGCACCCAUUGAAAACCAAAGUCCAUCCUGUUCAGAAUGUAUGGUCAUUUUUCUGCCUUCUAGAGUUCUUGCUUACGUUGAUUGGUGAUUUUUCCUUCUACAAUAUCCACAAUGUAUUGAUACUCUAUUAACUUGCUGUUAGUUUGAGCUGCUCCAGGCUGGCUGUACUACAUGACAGGGUAAUAUCUUUCAGCUACACCACACGUUAUUGCAUCAAAUAUUACCGGUAGUAGUGAAAAUUUCUCUUAUUUAUUUUCUACACAAACUUGGGAGGAGGAGACUGUCAUUUUGAUCCACUUUCGGUGAGCAUUGUACUACGACAACUUUUAUUUGUUACUGGAAUCAUUAUUCCAUUAUAGUGGAAAGUGUUAGAAGAAAUGAUCUGUAUAUAAAGGAUCCUGUUUAUUCCAAUCUUGUCAUGUUGGUACUCAAGAAGGAAUUUACUAAGUAAUUUUAGCGUGUAAACUUUUUGCUAUCUUCUAUAGAACUGAGGUUUUUGUGAUAAUCUCACUGAUUCUUAGACAAUGGUCA